AUGGCUCCCUUCGAGAAAUCUAUGGAAAUGAUGCCUUUUAAGCAAAGGAAAUGUCUAGCAACUAGAAAAGAUGAGGUGUGUAGUAUACGAUCAAAAUUUCCCAACAAACUUCCGGUUAUUGUAGAAAGAUAUUUGCGUGAGACACACCUUCCCUUACUUGAUAAAACAAAGUUCCUGGUGCCGUUUGAGCUCACUAUGGGCCAGUUCAUCAGUCUACUCAGGAGUAAGAUUGACCUGGAUUCCACGCAGGCGUUGUACCUCCUGGUGUCAGAGCGCCACAUGACGUGCAUGACGGCCAGCAUGGGAGAGGUGUAUUCCCAGUACAGCGACCCGGACGGCUUCCUCUACAUGACGUACGCCUCCCAGGACAUGUUUGGGUGACGUCACGCCACUACGUCAGCUCAGCA